UCCCCCCAAAACAGGAAGUGGGAACGAUAUCGCAUAGAGUGAAAGCUCUUGCAGUACUCCACUGUCUGGACAAGCUAUAUUGUAAGUCUGGCGGAGUCGGUAUUAACGUUAGUGUUUUUACGCAAAGAGAAAUUCAACCAAAUAGAAGAUUGAUGUCAUUUGGUGGAACGCAAAACGGCGGUCGCCGUAGUAAAUGGGACCAGCCGGGCCCAGGUCUUGGUUCAGACCAGAUGGGGGAGGCGGAGGCGGCUCCUACAGGGGCUCUGGAUGCUGCAGCUGCUGUGGCAGCUAAGAUCAACGCCAUGCUGGUAGCCAAGGGCAAGCUCAAGCCCUCCCAGAUAGGACCCUCUGGACCAUCUGGACCCCCAGACAAGGUUGUGGGUGCAGGGAAGCCCCAGCCUCCCAUGAAAGCGAAGGAUGACCUGGUGGUGGCGGAGGUGGAGAUCAACGACGUUCCUCUCCCCUGCCGGAACCUGCUGACCCGUGGACAGACACAGGACGAGAUCAGCAAAGUGAGCGGUGCUGCUGUGUCCACCAGGGGGCGAUACAUGGCAGCAGUGGAGAAGUACAAGGCUCCACAAGGGGACCGACCCCUCUAUCUCCACGUCCAGGGCCAGACCAGGGAGCUUGUCGACAGAGCUGUGAACCGCAUCAAGGAGAUCAUCACUAACGGAGUGGUGAAGGCGGCCACCUCCUCCUACAGCGGAACCGGAGCCACAGUCCCAGUCUACCAGCAACACAAACCCCAGCCCCCCUCACUGCCCCCCAUCAACCACCAUCACAGACCACACUUUCAGUCUGGGAUGCACUAUGUGCAGGAAAAGUUGUUUGUGGGUCUGGAGCAUGCCAUCCAGGGCUUCUCAGUGAAGGAGAGGGUGGAAGGGCCAGGCAGCUCCUACCUGCAGCACAUCCAGGGUGAGACCGGGGCCAAGGUCUUCCUCAGGGGGAAGGGAUCAGGCUGUCUGGAGCCCGCCUCUGGGCGAGAGGCCUUCGAACCAAUGUACAUCUACAUCAGUCAUCCCAAACCAGAGGGCCUUGCUGCAGCUAAGACCCUGUGUGACAACCUGCUGCAGACUGUUCAUGCAGAGUAUUCUGUCUUCCUCAACCAGAUGAGUGUCAUGAUGCCUACUCCCGGCUUUAUGCAGCCCCCCAUGGCCAACGGGAUGCCCCCCCAGCCCCCUUACUACCCCCCAUCGGGGUACCAGCCCAGCUACCCCCUCCCGGUACCUCCUCCUCAGCCCAUUCCUCCCCCCUAUGCUGUCCCCCCUCCCAUUCCCCCUGGGCUGCCCGCCGGUCUCCCCCCUCCCAACCGGUACGCCCUCCCCCCUGCACCUGUCACUUUACCACAGACUCACCCACCUUCUCCUUUCCCACCCGCUGCUCCGGUUCCGCCCAAAGCUCCGCCUCCUGUGGUCUCAGCCAAUCCGCCGCAGAAAAGACGCUUCACUGAGGAGGUGCCAGACGAGAGGGACAGCGGUCUGCUGGGAUACCAGCAUGGACCCAUUCAUAUGACUAAUUUAGGUGCAGGCUUCCCUGUGGGCAGCCCCGGCCCAGAGGCUUCAGGACCCCCGCCACCGAGUUCCUCCGGGCCGCCGAGGGAGAGGGACAGCAGUAGGCAGCUGAUGCCUCCACCACCCAUUCCAAUGAACGGAGGCAUGACACCCAAGAUGGAGGAGAGGAGGCUGCUGCAAGGCCCCCUGGAUCCCUCAGUGAAGAGGAUGAAGACGGGGCUCGUGGCGUACACUGGUGACUCCUCGGACGAAGAGGAGGACCACUCCACCCCCAAAACCUUGGGGGCAGGUAACCAUGGUAACGUCGCUGGGGCAACCCACUCCACCCCCACGUCAUCCCCUGGCUGGACUCUGGGGUACCGCUGCCCCCCUCCGCCUCCCCAACGUGCCAAAACACAGCAGGCACAGUCACAGCAGCCCAUGCCCUUCUGGAUGGCCCCAUAACACAGGAGUAUUAAACCUCAUACCCUCCCCUGACACCUAGGGCCUUUUGGAGGGGCCCAUAAUGAUGUUUUACACCCCAAACUGAGCCCCAGUCCCCCCUCUUCCCCUUUUCUCUGAACCAUCACUCCUACCUACUCCUCUACUUGAUAUAAUUUAUUUUGUGAUGACUUAGAUUUCGUUAAAACAGUUUUGUCAUGUGCUCAGCAGUAAAGCAGUGUGUGUGUAAAAUGGACUAAACAGACCGGCUGGCUGAUACAAAGAGAACAGACUCAACCAGCCAACCAGGCACAACCAGGAGACUGACGGACUGGAUUCAUGGUGACAAGCAGCAAGAUGCCCCAGACUUCCACACAGAUUCCAGUGUACUCUGAACUCUUGUAUAGGAGAGACAGCUGAGGAACACACAGAUGGAGGGUAAUAGUGGCCUGUUGUUGGUUGAUUUGGAAUGUGUCCACUCCUGGUUUUACUAGUGUAGAAAAGCACUGAGGUAGAAGCGAUUUCAAUGCAUUCUAACUUAUUUCUUUGUCAAAAAAUAUAUUUCCCCCAUCUCCAUUUUCUUUCUUGGUCCAUAUCUUAGUCAAAUCUCCCUCUUCCUUCCUUGAGUACAGAUCAUACAAACAUGCUCGUUGGACCUUUUAUCAAAUGCAAUUGACUCAACUAUUCUAAUGUUUUUGUGGAAUAAAUGAGCAUUAUCUCUGUG